AUGGUGAAUGCAUUUAAUACUAAUAAUAUUUAAUCAUUUUUAAGAUAGCUUAGUAUUUAUAAAUUUAAAAUGCAAAAAAAUAAGUAAAAUCAAAAACAAUAUUAUCAACCAUAUUUUUAAAAAGGAAGAAGGUAUUAUGAAUAAUUAUUAAAUAGGGAUUUGUUAUGUAAAAUAUAGAGAAAUAAAAGUGAUAAAUAAGAAGAGAGUUUAGAUUAGAUAACAUCUUUGGAAUAAAUAAAAAAAUAAAAUUAGCAAUUAUAAGUUUAAUUAUAGGAGCUGAAAAUAAAUUAGUAAUAUUUAUUAAAACAAUUAAUAAUGCAAACAAAAAUAUAAACAACAUUAGCAAAUCGAGUUGAGAAGAUUACUCAAGUAUAAUUAGAUUUUAAUUUAGCAUAUGGCAUUAAUGUAUGGAGAAGAUUGUUAAUUAGAAUUUGCAAAACCAAUGAAAUUGUUUUUCAAAAUGUUAUAAGGAUAUAGAGCAGAUCAAUUAGAAAGAAUUGUUGGCUUUUUAAUUUUUGAAAUGGAUGUCCCUACUCCAAUAUAAGAAAAUUACUCUCCAAUUUAGUUUCCAUAUUGUUGA